AUGGGUCUCAUCGAUAAGCUACAAGCCAAGCUCGAGCUUUACCGUCUAGAGCAGCGUUACGCCCGCCGCAAGCACCGCAGCACCUUCUCCACAGGCGCACAAUACGUCGACGGGGAAUACGUCUACAACACCAACACCGGUGCCAAUUCACCAACCAGCACAAUCUCGAAACAAUCGACUGGAAGCUGGCGUCCAUCCGGGAGAAAUGGGCCUUCGGAAUCGCGAUGGCGGUCCUGA